UCCGCAAUGACGGCCCCCUCGGUCUCUACAGUGGUAUCUCAGCCUCGUUGCUGCGCCAGAUGUCGUAUUCUACCGUCCGAUUCGGCGUCUACGAAGAGCUCAAGACGCGCAUUACACGCCGUAACGAAGGUCGUGACCCAUCGUUUGCGACUCUCGUUGGCCUCGCCGCUGGCUCUGGUUUCGUAGGCGGCAUUGCUGGAAACUUUGCCGAUGUACUUAAUGUGCGCAUGCAGCACGAUGCUGCGCUUCCCCACGCCGAGCGUCGAAACUACCGCCAUGCGUUUGACGGCAUGGUUCGCAUGGCGCGCGAAGAAGGACCCAAGAGCAUGUUCCGUGGCUGGUUGCCAAACAGUAGUCGUGCCAUGUUCAUGACAGCCGGUCAACUCGCCAGUUACGAUAUCUCAAAGAGUCUGCUGCUCAAGUACACGCCCAUGGAGGAUAACCUCAAGACUCACUUCACCGCUUCGUUCAUUGCUGGUUUUGUUGCUGCUACCAUCACAAGUCCUGUUGAUGUUAUCAAGACUCGCGUCAUGUCUUCGACGCAUGACCACGGAGUUCUGCACUUGAUUCGCGACAUUCACCGAACUGACGGCCUUAUGUGGAUGUUCAAGGGCUGGGUUCCCAGUUUCCUCAGACUUGGACCUCAAACCAUCUGCACAUUUGUCUUCCUAGAAAUGCACCGCAAGGCAUACCGCAAGGUGCAAGGCUUAGACGCGAACCUAUAGACGGCAUUAUAGACCAUGGAGAAGACGGGCAUAUUUCGGCGUUGUGUUUUUUGUCAUUUUGUCACUAAAAGGCGGUGACUGUGCCAUUUCUGCUUUGGAAUUCGAGAUUUCCCGGCUCCAUCUCUUACAAGAGGAACUGGUUUGUAUAUCAUACAACUCAACAUAUAGAACGGGACAAGGUGGAUAGGCUAGCAUUUUCUGCUUCUACAUACACA